AUGAGCCUCUUUGAUGUCGAAGGCUUAGUCGUGGUAGAUGUCCAAGGAGAGAUCCUCUACAAAAGAAUCUUUUCAAAAGAAGAGGAUAUAGCUGCAAAGAUUGUGGAGAAGAGCACAAAGGACAGGGACAUCAUAUCGGUAUCCCACGAAAGAAUUGUUAUGUGUAAGAAAUUGGAUGAGAUACUUCUGGUAAUAUACUCGCCUUUGGAAGUCAACGAGGCAUUUAUAGGCCAGGUCUUUGACGAGUUUACAACAGCAUUUGUCAGUGUCAUCAAGACACCAACACGGGAAAGAGUGUGGAAGAAAUACGACCAGAUUGUUCUCCUUGUGUCUACAUUCCUGUACGAGGGCAUUGUCAUGGUAGGAAAGAGUGACGAAAUGCUCAAUAGACUACCAAAGAGGAACUUCGAGGGCGUUGAUGGAAUAAAGGUCCCAAAAGGAUUUGCCUCCUUUCUGCAUAAGGCCACUAAGUCCCUUAGCAUAAACAAUAAUAAAUAA